GGGAUUUAUCCCACCAAUGUCGACCAUCGAAGCCCCGGCGCCUCUUCAGGUACAUGCCCUCGAGCGUCAGCCCCAUCUACCUCGUGUUCUACGUGCCGCUGGGUCGUUCAUAGACCGCCUUUCGUGGUAGUCGCUGACGCGGUGGCAACGGCAAUCCUCCGCCGUGGACUUCAAAAAGGACGAGGAGCGCCAGCAUAUCUCUUGGGGAACCAACUCGGGAAAUAUGUCUGCUUCAACACCGGUUGCCUCCAAGGCCAUCGACGUCAACGGCAUCUCACUUUCCUACCGCGAAAGUGGCCAAGGCGAACCCCUGGUCUUGGUCCAUGGCCAUAUCUCCGACCAACGCACCUGGAUCGAUCUCGAGGAUAGACUCGCCACCCGGUUCCAUGUCUUCAAUUUCAGUCGACGCUAUGCCUGGCCCAAUGAACCCGUCAAGGACGGUCAAGACACUCCCUGGGAACAAGACGCCGACGACCUCGCUGCCUUCAUCGAGACCUUGAAGAUUGGCCCGGUCCAUGUCCUCGCCAACUCGUCUGGGGCGGUCAUUACGCUCUACAUAGCGCGCAGAAAACCUCACCUUUUCCGAAAUCUGAUGGUCGAAGAACCUCCUCUCGUUGGACUCUUUCUCCCCACUCUACCCCCACCUUUGACAUCAGUGCUAUCUUUCCUGCUUUGGCAUCCGAUCACAUUUUGGCCCGUCAUGUAUUUCGGUGCCACAACGACAGGCCCGACAAUCGCGCACUGCAAAAAGGGAGAGUUCGACCAGGCCGUGUCUGUCUUUUGCAGCGGGGUCAUGGGCCCCAAGUUCUGGCCUCGCAUUCAGGCAAAUCCGGACCGUCUGCGACAGGUCGAGGACAACGCCAGAUGGCUGUGUCACUUUUUCCGAUACAACACCAUGCCGAAGUACUUGGGGGAGGACGCACAGAACACCAAAGUGCCAAUGCUAGUGAUGGCCGGGAAGGAGAGCGGCUCUCAUCAGAGGUACAAUGCCCACGAACUGCACAGAGUCAGUGGCGCGACCAAGAAGAGGAUCGCGUAUAUUGACGCCGCAGGGCACCUGAUGCAUGAGGAUAACCCCGAAGGUGUUUUUGAGGAAGUGGUGAGAUUUGUUUCUUGA